GCACCAAACUACCAUGUGGCCUUUGAAGUUGUUUUAAUUAUGCUUAUUAUUUGGCUGCUUCUGUCCAAGAGCUACGUUAUAGAAAAUGUACAAGGGCUCUCCAAGGAGGAAGAAGAUAACCUUAUUGAAGAAUGGACACCAGAACCAUUGGUUCCAGACACACCAGAAGACCAUCCAGCACUCCACUUCAGAACAGUUACAAAACAAUCUGGUCCUUGGUUGACUGUCGAUGGAAAGAAAGGAGUAAAUCUAGCCACAUUUAAUUUCCUAGGAAUGGUUGGCAGAGAAGAGCCAGUGGAAACUGCAAUUAGGGCGUUGGGUAAAUAUGGAGUUGGAUCCUGCGGCCCGCGUGGUUUCUUUGGCACAAUGGAUGUUCACUUAGAGCUUGAGAAGGAGUUGGCUAGUUUCUUAGGUGUCCAAGCUGCUGUGCUUUAUUCUUAUGGUUUUUCAACUAUUGCCAGUGCUAUACCAUCAUAUUCAAAACGUGGUGAUGUCAUUUUCUGUGAUAAGGGAGUGAAUUUUGCAAUCCAAAUGGGACUGUUAGCCUCAAGAAGUACAAUACAUUUCUACAAUCACAAUGAUAUGGACCAUCUAGAGGCACUUCUCCAGAACCAAGCUGAGGAGGACAAGAAGAACCCGAAGAAAGCGAAAGUAACCAGACGCUUUAUAGUGACUGAGGCUUUAUUUGUCAAUUAUGGUGAUAUUGCCCCAUUGCCUAAAUUAGUUGAAUUUAAGUUUAAGUACAAGGUUCGCAUAUUUCUGGAAGAAAGCUUGUCAUUCGGUGUUCUUGGAAAUUCAGGAAAAGGUCUUACAGAAUACUACAAUAUCCCGGUGGAGCAAGUGGACCUGAUAUGUGCAUCUUUAGAGAAUUCAUUUGGUACAACAGGAGGAUUUUGCGCAGGAACCCAAUACGUAGUGGAUCACCAGGUGUUAUCGGGUAGUGGAUAUUGUUUUUCUGCAUCACUUCCCCCACUGCUAGCAUCAUCAUCACUUACUGCAAUAGAACUUAUAAAGAAAGAGCCGGAGAUGUUCAAAACAUUGCAAAGAAACACAAAGUUCAUGCAUCAACAACUAAACAACAUUCCGGGUCUAAAGAUUAUUGGUGAUGAGAUAUCACCAGUACAACAUUUGUGUCUAGAAGAAUCAAUGGGAAGGCGUGAGGAUGACAUCAGAGUAUUGCAAACCAUUGUGGAUAAGACACUUGAUAAUGGCGCUGUAUUGACAGUUGCAAGAUAUCUUGAUGAAGAAGAGUUCAAUCUACCACAACCAAGAUUAUAUACACUGGUUAUAUACCCUAGUGGCUAUAUACACUAAUUAAUGUAUAGACUGGGUAUAUAACCUAAUGGCUAUAUCCACAAGUAACUAGACUUGGGAAUUUAUGUGGAAAGCUAUUUACUAUUUUUUUUUUAAAGAAUAAAAUAUUUAAAAGAAGUUAUUAAAAUAUCUUAUUGGUAUACAUCUAAAAAUUAAUCAUGAGAAUGUAUUUUCUAUUUCAAUCUUACAUUGUAUGUUCUUUAAUGAAAAUAUUUAUUAUUUUAGAAGUACACAAGAUUGGGCACAUGACACAGAUGUAACUUACAGGUGGUUGUAAUUUACUGUGACAACCAGAUGUAAUUUAUACAGGUGGUUACAUUUAAUUAUGACAUGAUACUAUUGGAUAUUACACAAAUCCAUUUAAAUGAUGGUGUGAUGCAAUGUACAUAAAGUAUACUAUACAGCAUAUGUAUGAUUAUGCAGGAACAGAAAGUGUAAUGCUGCAAUAUAAUAUGCUAAUGUGUGGAAGAGUAUUGUGUAUCAUUUUAUAUUGUGUAAAAAUAGUUGAGCCACAUAUGUUUAGUUUACACCUGUACAUUUAGAAUUUGUUGAUGCUUAAAGAUCUGUAACAAUUACCAGAACACUCACUUCUAAUUAUCUCUUGUUAAAGUGUUGAGCUAAAAAAAUAAUUACUUACAUUGUAUAUUUAAAGAUAUUUAAAACAUUUUGACCUAAUGGGAAAAUCCAAGGGAGUAACACCAGCAGCCCCACAACUCAGCUGGUAGAGCAACCAAAUGGUAGCUGGUAGAGCAACCAAACAGUAGCUGGUAGAGCAACCGAAUGGUAGUUGGCAGAGCAACUGAAUGGUAGUUGGCAGAGCAACUGAAUGGUAGUUGGGAGAGCAACCGAUCUGUAGUUGGGAGAGCAACCGAUCUGUAGCUGGUAGAGCAACCAAACAGUAGCUGGUAGAGCAACCGAAUGGUAGUUGGGAGAGCAACCGAUUUGUAGUUGGUAGAGCAACCAAAGGGUAGUUGGUAGAUCAAUCAAAUGGUAGUUUGUAGAGCAAACAAACAGUAGGUGGUAGGUCUGGGGUUCAAAUCCUGAUGGGUCAACAAUUUUCUCAAUAUUAUUUAUCUUGUAUAUUUCAGUAGAGCCCAAUGUAAUAAAUCAUUAUUAAAAUAUUGUAUGGCAACCAGGAAAGAGGCUGGGUGGUAAAUGACUGUGUGGCAAAUAUUCAAAAAUAUAUCUUAUUGACCAUUCCAGAGCUUUUCCUCAAAUUAAAAAAAAAAUCAGUUGCACAACAUAUCAAAUUUUUUUCCCCACCUAAGCCUGAAUAAGGAAUUCAAUUUUAAAAUUUGGUGUUUUUUAAGGGUUUUUUUUAUUUCACUCGAAAAUGACUAAUAUUUAUUGAUUAUACGUAGCAUUAUUGCUAAGACAAUAAUGAUGAGAGCACUUUACCUGAAUCUGUUCACUAUGUGAACAAACACUUGUAAAUUAAAGCCCAACACAGAGAGCGUUGUACAAUGCAGUCCAAUGGGUUUUGUUGUCGCUUCGGGUCUGUGCGAGUUAAUUGAAGAUGCGAUAGGUCUUUGGCAGCCACCUCGUAAAAUAUUAAACGUUUUAUAUUUUCAUAAUCACCUAACGACUGUCCCCAACAAUAAAUUGCAUUGGGGUACGUCGUACGAUGCUGUGUAAGUUGGGCUUAACAUUGCCAUGUAUCUGUGUAUAUUAUUAACAUGGUUACCCAAAAUAUUGCAUCAUGGUGCUAACACAAUGAUAUUACAUAUUCACUAAUUUUAGUACUAUAGUGGUUAAUUUCUUUUGUAUUUUAUAUAUUGUGACGUAAAUAAAACUACUGUAGUGACUGAUGGAAA